AUAUAUCUAAAGUCGGGUUUGGCCCUCAUGUGUUGUAUUGUUGCAAGACACACAUACAUCUCCUCUGCUAACAAAACCACCCCCAAACCCAAUUCAUCCAAUUGAAUUAAGAAGAGAAGAUAAGAUGUUGCAAGGGGAGGCCAAGGCCAAGGCCAGAGCCGCGUUUAUGGAAUAUGCUCGUGCCAGGAUCAAGGAGUAUUGGGCUCGCAAGGCUGCUCAGGAGGUUGCCGAUGCUGCUGAGCCAAAAGCUAAAAAACCCAAACUCAGUUCUGAAAUUAAACUCGGUCCUGAAAUUGUGUCUGUGCCAGCUGAUACUAAUUCAUCGUUGCCAACAAGUUCGUAUGUCAAGGACACGCCCAGUAGUGAGGAUCAAAUCAAGCCCCAACCCGAACCCCCUCUUCCUCAGACGCCCAGUAGUGAUGAUCAAAUUAAGCCCCAACCCGAACCCCCUCUUCCUCGGACCUCUAUUCUUGGUGUUAUCCGGGAAAAAGAUAAUUGGCUUUAUGAUAUUAAUAAGCGUAGAUGCAAAACAACUGGAGUUCCUGGCUAUAUAAAUAAAUUUUGUACUAUGGCCCUUGAAAAAUAUAACAAUGAAAAGGGUACCAACUAUAGGUAUGCGUGCCUUCUAUUGGCUCAUGAGGGAGGUCAAAUUCGUGGUUCGAUUUACACCCUUAAGUUCAGAGCAUCUCAAUCCGAUUCUGAUUUUAAAUUCGAGGCUUUUACCGCAAGGGUCACCUCUGGCUAUAAAUUUUCUAAAGGUGAAUGGGGGUUUGUCAGAGAGGUUGAGCAAGUUUCUCUGGUGCCUGGUUCCUUGCAUUUUGCUUGGUGAAAUGUGUAAUAUGCAUGCUAUCUUUUAUGUUAAGGUAGCAACCUCGGAUUGAUUGAUAUGCUUCAACAAUCCAGAUAUUGGUUAAGAAACCUUCAAUAUGUACUUGACGAAUGAUGUUGUCUGAUAUCUGCCUAUAUAGUAGACUUUGCUGAAGAAAUCCUUAAAAGUAUGAUUGCCGUUGUAUUUGUUAAAUUAAACUGUGCUCCUUCCCGGUUUA